AUUAGUGACCAUGAAGUAGUGCGGCUGCUGUAUGGCUGAUAUUUAGUUGCUGGUGUUGUGGGGAGAUUAGUGCAGCAGCCGUAGACAGGUGUGUGCAGUGUGUGGUCCUGCUGCCAUCUCCACAGCCUCCAGGCCGGCAGUCCUGUGACUGGGAGCAGUUGUGUGGACAUCUAGGCAGACCUCUAUCAUGGAAGCCUCCACCUCACUCGUUGAAGCCUAAAACUUGCCAACAAGAUCACUGAGCUGCUGACUGUAGAGGGACAGAAGAAUCUACGUAUCCAUCAAGAUGGAUAACCACCAGCCGGUUGCAUCACCAGAUGGAUCUAGUGAAACAUUUUUGCAAGGCUAUCCAGAGGAAAACUGCAAUGUUCUUCAGCAUCCUCAGAGUGAAGGCCUGCUUGAUAUUAAAGUUGAAAUCAUAGAUGAAGAAGAGGGGACAUAUAUGAAGGUCGAUCAGCGAUAUGGAUCCAGUAAGGGAAGUCCAUCAGAGACCUGUCCCAGUCCCCUGUAUUCCCAGGAUUGUUCGGAGGAAAAUUAUAAUGUCCAAUGGGAUCAUCAGGGUGAAGAUCUCACUCAUGUUAAACUGGAAGUUAAAUCAGAAGAAGAGCUAUAUGUGAGUGGUGAUCAACAGGGUCACGAGGAAGAGAUUCCUGUAGAUAUUGUCAAAGGGGGUGGAAGCUUCUUCUCCAGCAGACGUUUGAGGUCACUGCAGCAUGGGAAGGAGAGAGGCAGCAGCAUGACAACCAGGAGGCCUUACCGAAGGAUGGACAUGGAUGUCGGCACCCUGAUCUCUUUGGUGCAUGACCGUCCCGAGCUUUGGGACAAAAGCGCAUCCGGGUAUAGUGACCGGAACCGGCGUGACAGAGCCUGGCUCGAAAUAUGUGAGGCAUUGUACCCGGACUGGGGCGAGUACACACAAGACCAGCAGGGGGUUAUGGAGGAAUACGCACGAAAGAGGUGGAAGAGUGUGCGGGACCGCCUCCUGAAGGAGGUGAAGAAUGCAGAAAAAAAUGGGUCCUCUCCCUCGAAGCGCAAGAAAAUGCCUCACUACGAGGAACUGCUGUUUAUCUUGCCCAGCAGGGGAUCCCGGACACACCAAGGCAACUGUCAGGAGACUGAUAGUCCAGCAGAGUCCCCUACUGAACCCGAUGAGCACCAGCAGAGGGAGCCGGCUUCUUCCACUUCAACUGAGCCAACCCACAAAGUGGAGGUGAUACAAGAAGACCUGUCUGUACAUUCGUGGGUGGCCACUCCGCCAUCACCAGAUAUAGCGGCCACAUCUGCACCAACAGCUGCUGCAGUAUCCAAAUCUGUUGCUGCACCAGCAGCCACCCGCACCACACGGCCUUCCCCAUCUAGCCGCACAUCUUUCAGCCGAGGCCGGAGUCGGAGGAGCCUCCGGACAAUGGAGAGACAGUUAGAAGUGGAGAGUGAAGUCAUGUCCCUUAUCCGGAGGGUAGAUGGCGAUGACCGAUUCGACUUCUUCGGAUAUGGAUUGGCAUCUCUCUGCCGCCAAAUGCCAACUCAUAUCCAAGAUAAUUUCAUGUCGUUUGUACACGCUGCGGCAGCAGUCUUUGGCUCCGCCAACCCCCUGCCGGACCUUGGGGAUCUCAUCCAGACCCUCCGGUGGGCAACUGGCUUGAGACAACAACCUCCUGUUUCCCUCCCCAGGCCCAGAGUCAUGUCCACCUCUACACAGACAGACCCUGUUAACUUUUCUGCCCCUUCCCCGCCCACUACUGGUUCCCAGUUUUAUAAUUCUUUUUAUCCUUAUCCACCCGCUCCCUAUAGCAACAGUGGGACCAACCAAAACCAGCAACAGCCUGCUGCCUCUUCUACCUCCACAGACUUUUCCCCACCCCAUUAUACCAAUUUUUAAUUUUAAUUUUAUUUAUUUUUUAUUUUAGUUUUAGGUCUUGUUGGAGGUGGAUCCUAAUUUUGUAAAUAGUUACCCUUUUUGUACUGUACAUAAUUUUGAUAGAUUUAUUGGGAGGGAGGGUUUGUUGGCU